CCAAAACAUGUGUAGCACCUUCAUAUAGCUAAGAAACGUCUUUUGUUCCCUUAAAAGUGGACUUCAAUGAACGAAAAUUAGCUACUUCUGCCUAUCAAAGUUUGAAGUUUGACUAGGUCACGACCUAUCCAACCAUGCGGGAUUUCGACCGGGCGCCAUUUCGUUUGUUGCAAUGCAGUUUACAACGUUGGUAUUUUUGAUUCAGCUAUGGAUAUGUGUUUCUAGUCAUGGUCAUGAUCAUGUUCAUAGUCAUGAUCCACCCCACUAUAAGUAUUCUAAGGAAGCUAAUAUUGGGUAUAAGGAAAAUCACGUACGGGAAACACGUAAAGAUUCCUCUGAGCAACUGUGGGUCGAAGUAUUCGGAGCUGUGUUACUCAUUAGUAUCGCUCCUUUUAUUAUAUUGUGCCUGAUGCCAGAUUUGAACAAACACCGUGGCUUCCUCAAGGUCCUUCUCGCAUUUGCAGCUGGUGGUUUACUGGGAGAUGCAUUUCUUCACUUAAUUCCUCAUGCAUUGGAGAGUGGACAUUCUAAUCCUGACCACGCUCACGAGGGAAAUACUAGAGAUGGACAUGGUCACAAGCGUCACUCCUACGUUGGGCUUUAUGUUGUUGGUGGAAUUUUCGUGUUCUUGUGCGUCGAAAAAUGUAUCCGACUUUUUAGAAAUGAACAUUGUGGAGGCCAUACUCAUCAUGCAGUGUCUAAUGUUGACGGUGAAAAUAAAGGAAAGAAUAAGAAAAAAGGGGAAGAUACCAAAAGUGGAGCUAAAACUAAACCUACAGACUUCAAAGUUUCUGGAUAUCUUAACUUGGCAGCAGAUUUUACGCACAAUUUUACUGAUGGGUUAGCUAUUGGUGGAUCCUUUCUGGUUAGUAGAAAUGUUGGUUUUCUGACCACUUUUACGGUUCUGUUACAUGAACUUCCGCAUGAGAUUGGAGACUAUGCAAUACUUAUACAAUCCGGAUUUUCUUCACGCAAAGCUAUGCUUCUUCAAUUGAUCACUGCUAUUGGUGCACUUCUGGGUUCAUCUGUUAGCUUACUUGCUGCACGUGUUAGUAUUGGUCCUAUUGUUUUUGAUGCUAAUAUACUACCAGUUGUAACAGAUGAUGUUGUUAUUGGUUGCAUUUUACCAUUUACUGCCGGUGGUUUUAUCUACAUAGCUAUGACUUCUGUGCUACCUGACCUGUUGGCAACUAAUAACAACACCGGUACUACUACAAAUACACCAAAAACACGAAACAAUGGAUUAAAAUCAUUCGUCCAAAGUCUACUUGAAAUAAUUUCUUUAAUUAGCGGCGUUGCAAUGAUGGCUGCUAUCGGAACACUGGAAUAAAGAUGUAAACAAGUAUAUUUUGUGUCUGUAGAGAAAAAAAAACAAACUAGGUUGAUAUGACAAAUGUAGUAUAGUUUAUUUUUUCUGUUUAUGCAUACUGGUACUUUUUGCUGCAAUCUAGUCCCCUCGUAUCCUGUUUUUCUUUCUCGUUUGUUUGUUCAUAUCUCAUAAAAUCUACUUUUAAGUGAAGCAAAGAAAUUCAAAGUAAAAAGCAUUUUCAGAGUACAAACGUACUAUUUGAAGAAAAUUACAAUUCAUUUGCUCGCAUACUUUCUGUCUCCCUUCGUAUACUUUUUUCUUUGUUGUUAAUUAUGUUGUUGUUUUCUUCAGUUAAGUUUGAUCUUGUUCCAAUGAUUUUCAUUUUUUAUCAUGAUUUAGUAAUACUUUCAUUGUACUAUUUAUUGUUGUAAAAUGAUUAAUUUUGGUGGAGUUUUGUUCUCUGAGCUGGAUGGACAACCAAACCAUCCAGCUCAGAGAACAAAACUUCACCAAAAUCAUCCACCUGAGCAACAAAUCUUCACCAUCUCAAAAUGAUUAAUAUAUUUGUAUAGUUUUCUUAUAUAUUUUUAUCUUGUUGGUUGAAUGGUUCUAAAUGAUUCUUUCUCUUUUUUUGAUAUUGUUAUCGUUCUUAUCAUAGAACUUGAUUAUCCAAAAAGAAAAGAAACUUUUUAAGUGAACCAAAACUUUACAUUUCUAUCAUCGAUUUUCUUCUUAUUAUUACUAUUUGGUAUGGUAUAUUUGUAUUUUGUAUUUAAUAACAAACGAAAGCAGUUUAUUACGUAAUCACAAUUGUACAUCGAUCAGAACUUCCCUUUUGUGUUUGUGCGUUUUUUAAAUUAUCCAUAACUUUGUAUUAGUUUGUUCAUUUAAUUUGUUUUUCUCUUCACCGGUAUGUUUGACUUAUUAUUUUGGUAAAGUGAUUUUGUUUUUCUACUAACUGUUGCAGUUGGAUGGAGGAAAGAUUAUUGUUCAAUAUGGUACAUAAUUGCUUUAUUUAUUAAUUUCAAACAUUGGGCCU